AUGGGGCGUGCACCCACAAAUGCAGAGACCAUUGCUUUGAGGAGGUUGUUUUUCGAGUCUUCCACAUUAGCAGUGAACGAGUUCAAGCAACGUUCCGAAAGGGAUGAAACUGCCGAGCCAACCAAAAUGCCCGUAGCAGAACGGAAUGCUAGACUGGAAGAUCAGAAGAAAAGACUGCCAGGCUUGCAUUUUAGCCCAGAGACUGAGCCCAGUCACAAAUUGGUGGACGCAGUUUGCCAAAUGGCCACUGACCAGACCCUGGAAUGGACGCCAUGGGAAAAGCUCACCAGCAGAAGCAGCGAGGUCACUCAUAGCCAAAAGGAUCUAAAAUUUUCUUUAGAUAGCCAAGGGUCAGUGAAAGUCGCGGCAAAGACGCAGAGCCCUGACGCAAAUGUGACAGGUGAAAUGAGAGUCAGAUGUGGACGGCUAAGCCGUGCAGCCAAACAGUCAGGUUUUGCAGUUUUGCCGGUUGAUGGACCUAGAAAUGAACACAAAGUUGAGUGCCCAGUUUUGACCUUAGAUUUGGUGCGCACAGAGGAACAACAGUGUCUCCUUGAUACCCUGCGACAGUUGAAGCCACAAGCUAUCCAUGUUACCAAGUCCUUUGGCACCUGGACCUUUGACACCGCGGCCGAAAGGGGUAACUGCGGGGAGGAAAGCCUAGAAAAAGAGGGAAGCAAGUAUGGCAUUUACCAUACGCCGGAGCAGUUUAUUGAAAGGGCCAUUUCAUUAACGCAUCCGUUUGAUGACAAAUUUGCAGUUGAAGAUUUGACCAGGUCUAACCUUUUUGAACUGCUCACAAAGGGUAAAAGCCAUGUUGCAGCGCAGCGCCUAGACUUUGCAAAGAAGCUAGCCCGCUGGUCAAAAGAACUGGUGACAGAGGAAGCCAGAUACCUUGCAACCCUUCCAUUGCAUGCCCAAAAAGUGCUAAAGGGUAAAAAGCUGUUACUCUUCCGAAAGUUGUUGGCAGAGUCUGGGUGUCCCGACCUGGGACCAAGCGACAUUAUGUCAGGACUAGACCUAGUUGGAACGGCAUCGAAGUCACCCUUCUUCGAUACCAAGCUUGUGCCAGCUACGUCAACCCCACAGUUUCUGCAGAUGUCAGCUAAGUGGCAAAGGCCAAAAAUGGACUUGAGAGACCUUGAGAGACCCUGA